AUGAUAAACCCAUCAAAAGGAGUAUUGGAGAACGAGGUUGAGGGUAUGCAUAUAGAAGAAGCAGAAAGCGAUCCCUCUGAUGAUGAGGAGCAGUUCCCGCUGGUAGCCAGAGACCCCACCAAGCAUCUGCUGAAAACCUCGCCCGACUUUAUGGCGAACGAAAUGAUGGAAGCAGGAAAAAAAAGGGUUUUGGUUUUUAGGGUUGGAGGGGCAGAAGAUAAGAGAGAUAUGCGCAUACUCAAGUUCGAUGAAUACGGAAAAUCCUCAGUAGUGGCAACAAUAGACGGCAGCAAGGAGGAGCGGCUUGUGUUGCUGCCUGAAGGAGACAGCGAUGGUUCUGCUGCUUUUUUAUUUAACUUAGAAACAGAACAAAUCAUACAAACCAUCAACUCAGACCUUAAAGUAGGGGCUGUAAAGAACGGAAAAACCACCGCCUAUCAAAUCCGCAGAAUUAGUGAUUAUAUUAAAGACCUCACCUUCUUACAAAUGGGAGAAAAAGAAGCUGUGCUCAUGCACUCGCUACAGCAGCAGCUGCUGCAGCAGCUGCAGCAGCAGCAGCAGCAGCAGCAGCAGCAGCAGCAGCAGCGGGUGCAGCAGCUGCAGCACCAGCAGCACCAGCAGCAGCAGCGGGUGCAACAGCUGCAGCAGCAGCAGCAGCUGCUGCUGCUGCAGCUGCAGCAGCUUCAGCAUCAGCACCGGCAACUGCAGCAGCAGCAGCAGCUGCUGCUGGGGCUGCUGCAGCAGCAGCGGCAGCAGCAGCAGGCUCAGCAUCAGCAGUAG